AUGGCCGACUCCCAUGCUUCUCACAUCGAUGGAGGCAUCCCGCUGCCUACCGAUGUCGACGAUGAGGAUUUGGCAUUACGGCCAUCGAAUCCUGAUUCUGCCGAGCGCGUCACCCUCAAAUGCGGCGAAAAAGUCUUCACCUUCAGCAAGUCAAAGCUGGUCAAGGACUCUGACUACUUCAGAGCAUGCCUCAACGGCUCCAAUUUUGUUGAGGGCAGAACUUCCGUCAUAGAGUUUGACGAUAUCGAGCCAGAGGUUCUCGAGGCUUACCUACGCGUCGUCGAUAUGACGACUACCGGCAAUCCAAUGGAUGAAUUCAUAGCUAUUACCAAGUGGUAUGGGGAAAAUGCGGAAGACUUCAUCACCGUGAUUGAAGUUUACCAACUUUCCGACCGGUUGCUAAACGAGCCUAUGCGUGUUGAACUGGCCGAGUCUAUCCUGGGCUACAUGCAGCACGAAGCAGUAAAGAUGGUGGACAAAUCAUCGCCAGAGGGUAUCAAAUGGCUAUUCAACACAUACAAGAACGCAUAUGACACCUUGGAUCCCAGCAUUCCCGAUGAGGCCUAUCUCCAGUCUCAGAUUGCGGAGGUUUGCUGUCAACAAAUCGAUAUUGACAAAACCUACGCUUUCGCCCGCACAACUACCAAGGGAGAGGCUUUUCUGGAGGCCGUGCUGAUGGCCACGACUCAACGUAUGGCUACUCUCCUGCAGAAGACCAGAUCUCUCGGCACCAAGGUGGAGCGCCUUAAAGCGGAGAAACAGAUGAUUAUCGAGUAUGGAUACAUUGAGACUGAUGAGUACGACGAUGAUGACGAGAGCGAUGAAGAUGACGAGGACGACGAUGAUGACGAGAGCGAUGAAGCUGACGAGAACGACGAUGAGGAGGAGGACGGAGAUUAUGGCGAAGAUGGCAUGCGCCGAGAUCAUUGA